AGUUUGUAAAUUGUGGGUCGUUUUUCAAAGCUUGACGUUCUGAUGAUUCGUAUUAUGUAUUUAUUUAUAUGAAUGGUGAUUAUGUUGAUUUGCGUGUGAUUUAUUUGCACGCUCAUGGAUGUUAACGUUUGGAGUUGAUCAGCUGUGCAUGAGGAGCAUUUCUCAAUGUCCUCCAUCCCAUCAGAAGCAUGAAUUACGCUCGCUUUCUGACAGCUGUGAGCGCAGCAAGAAAACCAUCAGCUAUUCGCUUACUGACUGAGCUGCAGCAGCAAUCUCCUCCGUCUCUGAUCUCUCUGGCUGGAGGAGCUCCCAAUCCCAACACCUUCCCUUUCCAGUCGGCCAGCAUUAAAGUGAAGGGAGGAGAUGCUGUGGUUUUGGAUGAGACACUUAUGAAGAGAGCGCUGCAGUACUCUGGCUCAUACGGUAUUCCAGAGCUGGUCUCAUGGAUGAAAGAUCUUCAGAAAAGCCUCAACAAUCCUCCCACAGCCGGCUACAGUCCAGAGAGAGGACAGAUGGAGAUGUGUGUCACCACCGGCAGUCAGGAGGGCCUCUGCAAAAUAUUUGAGAUGCUUGUCAAUUCUGGAGACAACGUCAUCCUUGAUGCUCCCACAUACUCAGGAACCCUGGCAGCCCUGCAACCGCUGGGCUGCAACAUCAUUAAUGUGCCAAGCGAUCAACAUGGCAUGAUCCCAGAAGAACUCGGGAAGGUUCUGGCGCGGUGGGACCCUACAGACACACUAAAGCCGGGCAGCACCGCACCAAGAGUCUUGUACACCAUUCCCAACGGAGGCAAUCCAACAGGAGCGUCCAUGACUUAUGAGAGGAAACAGGAAGUCUAUGAACUUGCCAGGACAUAUGAUUUGCUUAUCAUUGAGGAUGACCCCUAUUAUUUUCUGCAAUUCCAAAAACCGUGGGCUCCAACAUUUCUCUCCAUGGACGUAGACGGACGCGUCCUCCGAACGGAUUCCUUGUCUAAGAUUCUGUCAUCGGGGUUACGGAUUGGUUUCGUCACUGGGCCGAAGCCGUUAGUAGACCGAGUGGUGCUGCACAUCCAGGCCUCUACGAUGCACACCAGCACCUUCACACAGCUCAUCGUCUCUCAGCUGCUCCAUAACUGGGGUCAAACUGGUUUUCUCAGCCACGUUGAUGGGGUGAUUGAAUUUUACAGAUCUCAGAGAAACGCCAUGCUCUCCUCAGCAGACAAAUGGCUCAGAGAUGUAGCCGAGUGGCAUUGUCCUAUGGCUGGCAUGUUCCUGUGGAUUAAACUCAAGGGCAUUAAAGACACACAGCGGCUGAUCAUGGAGAGAGCGCUAGAGAAAGAGGUUCUUCUGGUUCCUGGAGGAGUGUUCAACAUCAACAGCUCAGAUCCGUGUCCGUAUGUUAGAGCGGCCUUCUCUCUCUCCACACCUCAACAAAUCGAUGAGGCUUUUAGAAGACUCGCUGAUCUUAUCAAGGACGCCAUGUGAGCCGUUGAUCUCCAGGAAGGAGGAAUUAUGGGUCUGAUGUUUUUAAUGUCCAGUAUCAUCAGUUAAAUGCUGCUGUCACAUGCCACAUACACAGACUGUAUCUGCUCAAUUCUCUGCCUUUUUUGCAUAACAACAAACCCGUUUUCCCUUUGAGUCAGUACCACAUGAACACAUUUGAAAAAAUGUUUAUUAACACUAUUUCAAGAUUCAAGAGGUUUAAUUCUUUAAAUUUGUAUUCUUUGUUAGAAAGAAUUAUUGAAGUUGGAUUAGAGAAAAUGAACAGGGUGAACGGAUACGUGAUCAUUUAUUUAGCGUCCGUGAUUAGUUUCUGUGCAGCCGGGCCAUUAAACAUCUCGACGGUGGAUGGAGAUACAGUGCAACUUCGUGUGAUUUUUAAAACUGGUUUAUUGUGUAAAAUGUUUAACCAUAAGAAGGUGAAGGUCAAGUGAAUGUAUUUAGUUGUAAUAGUCCGUUAUUUUAAACCUCCAUGUUGAAUUGUGAAGGUUAAAGCCGUUGAUUUCGGUGUCUUCAUUAGUGACUAGUUAGCUGCUGUUAACUCAAGCUGUUUUCAACACAAGUGAUGAGUAAAUGUAUUGAUAUGUUUCACGAAGCAGCGUUUAAAAUGACAUUAAGCUAACGGACUCUCAUCACAGACUGUGAUGACGCAUUUCUGCAUUUCUUUUUUAAAUUAAUGUACAUUUUUAUCACCAUACCUUGCGACUGCAAGUUUGACAUGACCGCCGUAAUCAAUCUCUCUCUCUCUCUCUCUCUCUCUCUCUCUCUGUUUUUUGUUAUUUCUAAAAGUCGUAGGAAUGCAAUACUGGAUUUUUUUUUCUCUCACUGUUAAAGCAAAUGGUAACGUAAAAAUAUAUUUGUGAUGACCUCCAAUAUACACCUAUAGAAUUGUACCCUGCUGUAAGUUUCUUCUGUCUUCCAGAAACAUGAAAAGGGUGAUCACCAUUUGACUUGAAUAUGGGUUAAUAAAACUAAAAGUAAGUAUGUAGUUGUUAUAGUCCUUUGGACUUGCAUGUAAUUGUGUAUGCCAGACAUUUCUGACAGAAAAGGGGUGAAUAAAUCAUUAAACAAACUCCA